CUUUUAUUAUUGAAAGCAAGGGUAUUUUUGCAAUUUUCAACCGAGUUUGUGCGAGUGAUUCGUAAGUAAAUUAAGCGUGUAAAAAACGAUAUAAAACAAAAUAAAUUUAAUCCCACGCCAUCAAUAUGCGCGAGGUUCCAAAAACGCUCAGCAUUGCGGUGACCACACCUGGCAGUUCAGGACCGUCAGGCGCACCAUCGUCCACAGGAAGGCAAGCCAGUCUUGAGGAUAUACACUUGGAUCAGUUCCUCAAAACUUCGAACUAUGAAGAUACUGUAAAACAAUUGGAUAUCUAUUAUGGAAUUGUCAAACGGCAAUUACUCCGCUUCCAAAGCCCCAUAACCGGUCUCUUUCCCAUAAUGAGUACGGAUCAUGAGGUGGGCUCUGUGCGGGAUAGUGUUUACUGUGCAGCUGCUGUUUGGAGUUUAUAUCAAGCCUAUCGACGCAUUGAUGAUGAUCGUGGCAAAUCCUAUGAACUAGGGCAAUCGACAGUGAAAUGUAUGCGCGGCAUACUGGAAUGCUGGGUAAAGCAGGCACGCCGCGUAGAAGUCUUCAAGCAGCGGCAAUCGAAUCAAUAUGCUUUACAUGGUAAAUUUCAUUUGCACACUGGUGAAGUGAUUUACGCCGAUGACGCCUACAAUCACUUACAAAUCGAUCUAGUAUCGUUGUACAUAAUUUUCUUGGUGCAAAUGAUCACAUCGGGUUUGCAAAUCAUUUAUACGCAGGAUGAAGUAGCCUUUGUGCAAAAUUUGGUUUAUUAUGUUGAACGCGCAUAUCGCACGCCCGAUUUCGGCAUGUGGGAACGCGGUUCCAAGUAUAACAAUGGUACACCAGAAAUACAUGCUUCGUCUAUUGGCAUGGCCAAAUCGGCUUUGGAAGCCAUCAAUGGUUGCAAUCUAUUUGGCGAGAAGGGCGCUUCGUGGAGUGUUGUUUAUGUUGAUAUAGAUGCGCAUAACCGUAACCGCAGCAUUUUUGAAACAAUGCUACCCAGAGAAUCAAGCUCAAAAGGCGUUGAUUCAUCACUAUUACUAACAUUGUCUUUUCCUGCCUUUGCUUCGCACGAAGAGCGACUUGUUGAGCAAACCAAACAUAAUGUUAUUACACGUCUGCGCGGCAAGCGUGGUUUCAAGCGUUUCAGCCGUGACGGUUUUCUUAGUAAAUUGGAAGAUAAGGAUAGACGCUAUUACCAUAUUGGUGAACUCAAAGAUUUUGAGGGUCACGAAUGCGAGUGGCCGUUAUUCUUUAUACAAAUGAUAAUUGAUGGCGUAUUCAAGAGUAAUCCAGAGCAAAUUGAAGAAUAUCAAAAUGAAUUGCGCAAUUGUCUACACACUGAUGUCAAUGGUGAUCCGGUGGUCACAAUGUAUUAUGCACCAGAUGGUGAGGGCUCCUAUGUGCGUUCACCUUCGCAGACGCUCUUCCUUUGGGGUCAAUCGAUGUUUAUUAUCGCACAGCUGCUAACUGCUGGGCUAUUACAUAUCAAUGAAUUAGACCCAAUACGUCGUUACCUACCCAGCUACAAUCGUCCAAGACGCGCUGGUCGUUAUUCAGCAUUUCAGAAAUUCAACAUUUAACAACCUUGAUUUUUGCAUCCCUUACUAACCAAUAAAAAAUAAAAUUCAUGCGCGACUAGAGGCUACGUGUACCGGCAAUUGUGGAUGGCCAGGAGGUAAUGUGCGUGCUCCAUUGCAUUGAUACUACUUUGUAAAUACAUACAGACAUGCUUUAUAAUAAUUAUUUAGUUGCCUCACAUUACUU